GUGUCUUGGAACAACAAAGAAGAAACAAGGGACAUGAAUAAAUGACUUUUGUAUGACUAGUUUUACUUUGAAAACAAAACAUCUUGUAUAUCCCAAAUCAGCUUCACUUUUCUGUAGAAUAUUUUUUAUCAUGUCAUUGUAGGUGGCCUGAAGUGAAAUAAUUUAAUCAAUGUCUCAUAUCCCAUAGAUUUUGAAAUAGCUUUAAUUUAAUUUUUAAACUUGAAUGGUGUGAUUUCUGCAGCUAUGUCCACUCAGGAGCUCUUUGUUGCUGCAGCUCGUAAAUGUCUGGCUGCUGGUAGAAAAUCUCUUUCCGUCCCUCAGAGUCUGGAUCUGGCCGCUCAGGUCUCGGCUGUUGAUUUGGGAUUGAAACCGGCUUUAUUGUACGAUAGCAACGGCGCCGGUGCAGAUCAGGUGCAGCAGUAUUUGAGCUCUUUGCAGUCUUCCCAGCUUGUGUCUAAAUCACUUCUCACACUGGAUUUAAAUGGAAACACUCUCAUUGUUAAUCCACUCACAGUCAGAUCAGAUGUAGAGCAGCUGUGUCACGAUAACAACGUGGCUGUUAUCGACGUCUGCCACUCGCUGGAGAAGCCCACCAUCGCUGACCCGCUCAGAGCAGAGCUGAAGAGCACGACACGCGAUUUACUGCUUGUCCUGAGAGGGUUUGAACAACUGAAGGAGGCGGAGAAACCUCAUUAUGUUGGAGAGAAGUCAGAGGAGUGGAACUUGUGCACAGUGUUUGGUCUUUUAUUGGGUUUCCCCGUCACUUACUGGUUCGAUCAGACCAAGAGCUUUGAAAACUGUCUGUCUAUGACUCCCCUGACGGUGACUACAGCUUCAGCAACAUGGCAGGCAGACUCCGCCGCUCACAGAUGUUGUCUGUACUCCUUCAGCGUCCCGGCUGCUCUGCUUACGGCGGUGCAGUCCAACCUGGAAAACUGGAGGGUUCGUUUACAAGAUAGAUUUCAACAGCAAAAUGUCCUAAAGGAUCUUACAGUUUGUCAAACUACAGUCACUCUGCCCUCAGUCUGUUUGUGAUGCUGGUGUAUGUUUGUCUUUAAAAUAAACUAACUGUUAAAGAA